GUUUCUUUAUCCCGCGCAAAAAGGCGCGCGCGUCGUCGGCGGCAUGCAAGGCGCCGUGAUUGAAGAAACAUGGGAGAUGAUGCAUCAGACCCCCAUCAACGCGUACUGCUACAACCCCACGGCCAACUGCUUUGUCACCACAGGCACCUCCAUCCAUCCUCAUGGGGUAUGUUCAUCAUUCAUUCUCCACGACAUAGAUGAGCGCACAAUCAAGCUGUGGAAUACCGAAGGCGAGAUUCGCAACGUGACCUUGCCAGCGCGGACGUCGUAUUUGAUCCAAACGAUCGAGUACAUUUCGUCACGGAACAUGUACAUGGCGAGUGCGUUGGAUGGGUCCCUUCGGUUCUACGAUGACACGCUGGUGGAACUCGCGAGUAUCUUCACCCAUCGCGCGACCAUCCUAUGUCUUGUGUUCGACGAGCCCCGCAAUCGAAUUCUCUCGGGUGGGAUCGACGGGUGCAGUGCAUGGCUCCUACGCGGCAAAGACACGGAAGGAUACGACGACUCUCACGUCAUACGCAACCCGUCAUAUCAAGUCGCGCCCCUGGACCUGUUCAACAAGACGGGCACGUCGUGGGUCCGGCGAAUGAAAAUCGAUGCCGACUCGAACCGGCUGCUCGUCCUCUCGGAGAACACGUUGUACGUGUACAACCUCGCCGACGCGGCCCACGUCGACACGUACAAGAAGCUCGUCAAGGGUAAAUGCGGUGCGAUCACAGACUUUCUCGUGUUCAAGAAGAAGUCGAUCGUGGCGAGUUGCAUGGACGGCUCCAUCUACGUCGUGACCAUCUACCCGCGGUCCACGGUAGCCGUGUUCAAGGAGCACACCAAGACAGUGACGUCGCUGGCGUUGGAUCCUAUCUCAGGGCUGCUUUUCUCGAGUUCGCUAGACAAUUCCAUCCGCAUGUGGGACCUGGACCUGCUGCGCAACGUCCACCAGCUUCGCCUCGACACGCCGCUAUCGUCCCUCUUUGUCGUGCCCCAGACGAACCCCGUCGUAUUUGCUUGCCAAGCGCGCCAAGCCAUGAAACUGCUCACCCUCAAGCACACCCUCAAGGAACACUCAACCCUCGCAUCCCCCAUCGCGAUCCUCCAGCACGUGACGGCGCCAUCCAAGCCCAAGCGCCACGCCAGCCCCGGCAAAGUCGCGAUGCUUCGGCGUUCAACGUAUAAGACGCCGUCCAUGCGCAUCGUCGCAGACGCCCUCACGGAACAGCGCAAGCUAUCGAGCAGCAUCCACGACAACCACGUCGUGUCCAUCUGUCUGGACAAAAGCAUCCGCAUCUUCGCCGGCGCCGACAUGGCCGUCCCUGCCACCAUGUACGUGCCCGACGACGCCCAAGACGUCGUGGGCGCGGCGUUCAAUCCGUACCGAGACCUCCUGUACAUCCUCAUGCGCAAGCACAUCCUCGUGUUUGACGUGGUCCAGGACAUCGUGACGCCGUCACACAUUGUCGACGUGGACAACCGCACCGUGAAAUGCAUCGGAAUCUGCCUCGUAGCGCCGCUCUUUUACGCCAAGCCACGGCAUUCGCAGGCCGCCGCGUCGCGUCGCCGCCUGAAUUCGAUCGUCGACUUCAUUCGAAAAAACCCCAACGACGACAACGACAUGGCGACCACCGCCGCCGACGCGUGGGUCGUCUGCGGCACCGACAAGGGCGAGCUUCUCUUCAGCGCCACGUCGCACACCAGCCUGGACGAAGCCCCGGUGCAGCAGGCGCACUCGAGCGCGGUGUCCGUCGUCGCAUUCACGUCCAUCGCGGCUGCGAUUCUCGUCACAUAUGGCGCCGACAAGGCGUUCUGCUUUUGGCGCAUGACUCCGCGGGUCACUAGGGUGGGGUCGCUCACGAUGGGAGACGACCCCACGUGCAUCCACGUCACGCCCGCCUCGCACUUGGUCGUCUGUGGGUUUGAAGACGGCCGCGUGGACUUUGUCGACUUUGCCGACGCCGAGCCGUUGGUGGUGACAUCGGAAGUGAACCAUGCAGCACUGGUCACGGCAGCCGACUCGUGCGACCCCGUCCAUGUGCUCGUGACCACGAGCUUCGACAUGACGCUCAAAGUGUGGGAUCAGCAGAAAACCCUCCUCCGCGAAGUCCAGAUGGCCACGCCCCUCACAAGUCUGUGCUUUACGAACGCGUUUGCCGACCUAUUCGUCGGGAUGCAAGCCAAGAUGUUUUCCAUCUCCCGACAAGACGUUUUGCCGACGACGCUGCCACUGCCGCGACCAGCGCGGACACCCGCUGCUCCGAAACUCGCGGGAUCCCGAAAGAGCAGCAGCAAUCGACGACGGAGUAGCGCCGACAGUAGUGGCAGCGCUGACCCAUCGCCCAGUCGAACCGUAGGCACAUACACCGUCCCCGUUGAACUGGACUCUGGAGAUGAAGCCAGCGACGAAUUUGUGGACGACCAUGACGAAGACCACCCCAAGAAGAACGACACGCCGUCCAUGCCGCUGCCGCGUGCCGCGUCUCCCACGCGCAUGCGACGACAUGUCCAAGUCCGCACGGCCGACGUCGUGCUGUACAGUCCCCCCGUGCUGCGUCACAUUUCAACGCCCGACAACAACACCACCGUGACCCCACCAGCAUCCGAGAGCAUUCCCUCCGAUCCCACGCCAGCAGACCCAACGACGACGUUGGUCCCUAUCUACGACAGCCGCCAAUUCCACAAACCCACGCAACCUGUCAGCGAAGCCAUGUUGCGGUAUCGCGAUCGUAAAGACCGGCAGGCGCAGCAAGCAUCCCCGAAAUUCAAACCCACCAAACCACAUACACCAUCUACUAUUAGACUGGUCAAGCCAGAGUGCCCCCAGCAUGCUGACGAGCAGAACUCGUCAACAUUCACUGCUGUGUCGCCAACAUUUACCGGGGGCAGUAGUCGCCCUAUUCAACGCACGCCGAGGAAGCUCUGGAAUGCCAUCGGCGCCGAAGACCGACGUCUCAUCGUACUCCAGCGCACGGCUAUGGCAAUGGACAAGGGGGGCAGUGGCGGAUUAUAAUAUGUUCAACCACGUCAUCCUUUCUUAUAUCCACUCCAUUCCAGCGACCACCACCACGAGCCCCACGACUGCCAUGGUGACCAGAGUUGUUUGCACAGGGGACGCCUUGUUGCACCCGCACCGCUGGACCGAAAUGCGCACUUGGACUUGGACGUCGCCCCAGAACCCGGAAAUGUUCUUCGCUGGGUCGAACGCCAGAUCUAUCGGAAAGUAGUGUAAUGAGCUUGCACUGUGAAGCACAUUGACAUGCGACCAACCGGGGGGCGUGUAGACGCCGUCGCAUGCGCGGUAGAACGUGUCGAGCAGGGGCUGGCACUUGGGCGCGCAUUUAUUGGUCGUGGGGUCGCACGACAUGCAUGAGCCGGGGGUGGUGCCGUCCCCCUGAGUGGCGACGGCGGUGGUGGCAUCGGCACAGGGCCCCCACGAGUUGCCUUGGGGUGUCGGGUUUGGAAACGUGCUGGUCGCGUCCACCACACCUCGUUGGUGGCACAUCCACAGGACUAGUACUAGCCACAUACCACUGGCGCGUUGCCGCCCCUUGUUGUUGUAGCCGCCAUUCCAACUGCUAAACAUCAUGUGUCUGUCUUAACACAACGCAACGCUAAAUAUAGCCCCC